AUGGCUAACGCUAAGACGAUUCUGAAAGCCUUAGCCGGCACGUACGCGCUUAUCAACACAACGACCCUCUACAAUGGCAUCCCAGGACCGGACGUGCAAUUUCGCAAAGACCCACGUGGCAUGUUAGUAUAUACUCAGACUGGCUACGUUUCAGUAGUUAUUACGGACGCUACGAACAUAACACUUUCUUUCGCCGGUCCACUCAAUGUCGAUCCAGUUGCAGUUAGUACAGUUGUCACUGGUGAAAUCAUAUAUGGCCCGUUCAUCGCAUCCAACGUUCCAGCUUUGAUUGGAACCAAGGAGCGUACGAAAUACGACAUCUCGUUCAGUGACGGAACAAAUGACUUCCCAUGUGGCACGAAGAUCCUAAGCACCCAAAGUCUUGGGCAUAACGGGACAGAGGAACUUGCGCUAUGGAGGAGCAUUGACUAG